UGUCAAUGCUGUGGACGAUAAAGGGCAAUCCGCUUUACACCUCGCGGCAACAUAUGGAUACGCACAAGUCAUUCAGGUUAUUAUGUCACUAGGUUUCCCGUACGAUUUAGAAAUGAAGGAUUUUGAAGGCCAUACCCCACUUCACUGUGCUGUUCUGUCCCAUAAUUCCCUGUUCCGAGAGCAGCAAUGUCACCUUACACUAACCGAGGAACAGAGAAAAGAACUUCAGUACCAGAGUGAGGAGGUGCUAUCAUGUAUCCACCUUCUGGUGCAGAUGGGAGCCUCCAUCCACAGCCGAGAUGUUAAAAGCAACAAGACAGUACUUCAUUACACGGUACAGGAUGGGAACAUCUCCCUGCUCAAGUACUUCUUAGAACUAAAUGCUUUCAUGUCUGAGGACUUUGUCAACAGUAAGGCUCAUGGUAACACAGCUUUGCACAUGGCAGCUGCUCUUUAUCAGGACAAAAAUCAGGAAGAAAUUAUCAAAUUGCUCCUGGACCAUGGGGCAGACCCAAGCAUCCGAAACUUAGACAACGACCAGGCAAUUCACAUGGCACAGUCAGGAAAGGCUGGCGAUCGGGCAUUUGCUGAAGAAAGGGAGAGUCACGUCAGCAUUUGUUACCUGCCGUCGAAACGCCAGAUCCUAGAUCACCUGCCAGUUCAGACAGGGUUUUGCCUUGGUUUCCUGAUAAGACACCUCCUUUCAGAAAAACUUGAAGUCUUUAAAUCAAGACUGAACGACUUUCUAAAAGUUUUGCCACAAGUUGUUGGGCUCAAUUACAAGGAUUGCUGGGUGACAUUCUGUGGCCUUUGUUAUGUAGGAGGUCAGAAUCUAACUGCUCCUUCUGGCCUUAAAAUCUAUGAAAAACCAAAGGCUUCAGUAAUGAACUGUAGGGUGCAAAUGUGCAGUAGCCACUAAGUUACGCUCACCAUCGUACGAGUCAUUUGCAGGUUUAAACUAGUUUAAAUGGUGGAUUUUCUGUAACUUGAAGUCUUUAAGUUAUGAUUUGAGGACUUCAGUGACUCAGCCAGAGGUUAGGGGUCUAUUACAGGAGUGGAUGGGUCAGGUUCUGUGGCCUGCCAUGUGCAGGAGGUCAGACUAGAUGAUCAUGAUGGUCCCUUCAGGCCUUAAAGUCUAUGAGUACGUCUGAACCGAAGACCUCUAAAGAGAAAAUUCCUCUUGUCCAUGAAGCUACUAUCAAUUCUGUUCUUCAGUAUUUUGCAUGAGAAUAUUGAAGUAGCCACACUUGAAAGCUUGCGUAUCAUGCUUCUGACUGUAAGAGGGGAAAACAAAUGCUCACAAGGAUAAAAAUACAGGACCAGAUCCUCAGCUGGUGUAGGUCAGCAUAACUCCACUGAAGUCAAUACAGCAGCACUGAUUUACAACAGCUGAGAAUCUAACCCACAUAUUCCAUUUAGCAUUCAGAAAACUUAAUUUAGCAACAGUUCCUGUAUAUAAAAAUAACAGACCCGGCUGAUCAUUUGAGUUCUUCUCUUCUCUUAGGAUUAUCCUCCUACAGUAUGUGCAAUGACUAAUGGGAUUUUGCAGCUCUAAUCAUGCAGUUAAGAGUGCAGGAAAUCACUUUGUCCUACAGAAGACAGGUAAUGAUUACUGGCGAACAUGGUGACAUGUUAUCUAAUCUACUUAAUUAGUUUAGUUAGAUUAAUCACAAUGGCAAAAUCAUCAGCAUCAAACCUAGACUGUCAGUCAUGUGCCCCAACUGAUGCUAAAAGUAACCCAGAAAAUCAAAAGUCUGAAGAAGAAAGGCCUGUUGGAUUUUGUUUUCAGGCAUCUAUUUCAUUUAAAAUGCGUUAAAAUUAACCGAGGAAAUUACCCAGAAUAGUGACCAACAUUCAGGAUGCUCAUUCAAUAUUUCCGGUCAGAAUAAUCUAUACAACACUGUCAAUCAUAGCAGGAAUUAUGGUCCUGAAAGCAUUAAAAUACAAGAAGCUAGAUCCAUCUCAGCUGCAGCCAAGGAGCACAGGGCAUAGAUGGGUGAAAAGGUGGCAGGAGCUCAUCUCUGUACUCUCUCAAAUCCUCAGAUCACUCUGUGUUAUUCCAGUCCCAUGUAAUUUAGAGCAGUCUGGGGGUUGCCAAUGGUCCCAAAGGACCAACAUGGCAUUGGGGAAUCAACAGAAUGUAGGGAAGCUCCAGUCUGCCCAUUCACUGUGGGCUUCCACUGUGGACACAGUGGAAUUCAUUGCAGGAAUAAGGCCCAAAGCAUGAAUGGAGAAUAUUCAUAGUAACAUUCUUAGCGGAAUGUGUAUAGUAGUAGAUUCUUUCUAUGAAAAGAUUUGUGGGUUGCUAUGCAAUCGUAGACUGAAAAUAAUGUCUCUUUUGAGUCGAUAGAAAUGAGGGGGAGUAAAGGUGACAUUCUGACAAUCAGUAUCACAGAUGGUAAUUUUCGUUAAUUAUAUUUAAUAAGUUGACUAGAAAGCAUUUUGAUUGUACCUCGCUAUCGUCUCAUUGUAGCACAAAUGAAUUUUUAACAAGCGUAAACAGAAAGGUAAAGGAUCAUUUUAGUUUCGUUUUUUUAUUUUCGUUUUUUGGCAGCAUCUACAUGACUUAGGAGCCUGAGUCCCAGCAACUUAGCUAUUGGCGCAUGCGUCUCUGAGAGUGACUCUUUCAGCCUUCGCUUUUUGAACAUUAGCGCUCAGUGUGUCCCUCUUGAAUGAUGCUGUUAUAUUGGGAAUCACUAGUGAUUUGCACUGAGACUUAGGCUCAUAAGUUACUUAGGAGUUUUGAAAAAGAACGUUUAGCCAAAUGUUUAGCAGGUUUAGACUAAAGCUCUUCAGAAACACUGCUAUAGGUAUUAAGUAUUGGGGGUAGCCGUGUUAGUCUGUACAAGGAGUCUGGUGGCACCAAACAGAUUUAUUUGGGCAUAAGCUUUCGUGGGUAAAAACCUCACUUCUUCAGAUGCAACUGAAGAAGUGAGGUUUUUACCCACGAAAGCUUAUGCCCAAAUAAAUCUGUUAGUCUUUAAGGUGCCACCAGACUCCUUGUUGCUAUAGGUAUUGUAAUUACAGAUUGCUGUAACUCUUAGCCUUCCUCAAACCUUUCCCUCCCUACCUCUUGGUUACCUCCUUUCACUUGCAUCACGUCGACAUACCUGCCAACAUUCUCAGACCGAAAAAAAGAGCUGCUUGUAUAUUUGCAUAUAUUUGCAUGCAUUCAGGCACAAAUCAGCCAAAGCACAUGCCUUCUCAUUUUGAAGCUAUGCUGUAAGAAACUCCAGUGUGGGAAUGACUGCAUGCAUAUGUGAAUGUUCAGUAGGUGAUAUGUGUAAAUGCAAAUAAAUAAAUAACUGCAGUUGUUUAACUUGCUGCCAUCAGAAAUCUGUGAAUAACACUGAGCAUUUAAUACACUUUAAUGUAACCACUCAUGCAGAUUUUUAUGUGGAAAUUCUUAUUUGUGCGAUAAAUUGGAUGCCAUCAUACAAUACAUGGAAUAAACCAUUCUUG